CACUCAACUCAACCAAAGGCAAAACAACAUGGGAACAAAAAUGUUCAGCUCAUCAUAUUCCCAUUUCAAAACCUCUCACCCUCUUCAAGUUUUCCCAGCAAAACCAUCACAACCAUCUUCGUCUUCAGCCUUAACCUCCAUGAAAAUGAAGAACCUCAUCCACACCCUCAUAGUGUCCCAUGUGUGCCGCAUCAUUCGGGCACUAUCCAAAGUAAAAACGGCCAUAGUUGAAAUAAUCCUUAGACAAAACAACUCCAAUAAUAUUCAUAAUAGACAUGGUAGCAGCAGGAUCAAGAAAAUCAUCAUGGGGUCCUUCAGGCUUCACUAUAACUGGAGCGCUUCCAAUUCCUCUCAUAUUCUUCCAGUUCCUUCUCGAGUCUAUGAAGGGUUGCAAGGAGGCGGCGGCGGCGACAAUUGCCACGACUCGGAGCUCGCAGGCUACCUUCAGUGGCUUGAGGAGAAUGUUCAUGAUGAGGGUAGUAGAAUGGAGAAGGGGAUUAACGAGAUUGAUAAGCUGGCGGAAAUUUUCAUUGCCAAUUGCCAUGACAAGUUCAGGUUGGAAAAGCAAGAUUCUGAUAGGAAGUUUCAUGAAAUGUUGGCUAGGGGCUUGUGACGAAAAACCAAAGAGUGUUUGUUGUUUGAUGUUUCAGUUACAAAUUAGUGCAAGCUCAGAUCAUUAACAUCAAUUAACUGAUCUUGCACUAAUUUAGAAUAAGCUUAUUAUUAUGUCCCUUAGGUGUAUAUUUUGAGGGCAAGCCAGCUUUAUUUAUGGUCAUAUAUAUUUGCCUUUUUCUUUGUCUUGUAACAUUUCGAAGAUGAAAAGGGGAUGGUGGGUUGACGAAUUCUACGGGAUGGGAGGAAUAUUGUGUAAUUGUGCAAUGCUUGUGUUUAUAGCACCGUCAUGGUGGUUUUAAGUACUGUAAUUAAUAAAGGUUUUAAAUCAUUGAUGAA